GACAAUGUAGGAGGGAGAGGCACAGAGAUGCUGCACCUGUUCACAAUCACCUGAGGACAGGAAGAACUUUACAGUACCACAAAGAGAAGAAGAAAAAAGGUUUUGUCAGCAUGCCCGGACUGUUUCACAUCUGAUAGAUUCUCCUCCAGGCAAUUUAUCGUCUAUAAGGGCAGUCCUCCAGUCUGCGUUGGUGCCAUGGCUGACCCGAGCUGGUGGAAGCUGACCUUCUUGCGCAAGAAGAAGUCAGAGCCUAAAGUUUUGUACGAGAUCCCGGCGGAGUACGGCACCAACAACGGAAACAAGGAGCACUCGAACCCCCCACCGGACCACAUGGACAGCCAGCUAAACGCCAGACUGGAGAAGAUCGUGGAUAAAUCGGCCACAAAGGGCCGCCACGUCAAGGUGUCCCACUCCGGUCGCUUCAAGGAGAAGAAGAAGGUCCGAUCCACACUGUCCGAGAACCCCAGCCUGUUCGCAGAGAACAGCCAGAGCGACGAGAACCACAAAAAGAAGACGGACAAAUAGCAAAGUGCACAUACUUCUUCAGAAAUGUGUCAUAAAUCAGUGUGUCACACUUUCAAAAGCUUUGAAGAGGGCUCAAGAGUCCAUAAACACCACCCUGUGUCAAGCACCAUGCCCUGGGACUCACACCUAAACAAACAACCGGUGCUAAUAAAAUGGAUGUUCAUCUAAUAAUCUUUAAGUUUUGAUGCAAACAUCAAAUGUAGACCAACUUUUCUGAUGUUUUUAUAUGUUUUCGGUGGCAUGAAGGAAAAGUCCAGCGUGAUCUCAGCGAUUGUCAUGAUGAAAAAGCAACUUUAAUGUAAUUUUCUAAACUUUGUUACUAUGUAAGUAGAGCUUGUCGUUGUUUUUAUGUCUUGCAAAAUCAAUGCACAUGGAUGCGUUCAGCAGAAGCUCAAAUUUUACGAUUAAAAGCAAAUAAAAAGAGUUGAUUUUAAAGGCUGUGUUUGGGAGAUUGUGGUGGAUGCUCACACUGUGAUCCUUCAGGGCUUUGAAGACGGACCUUUUCUCAGAUGCCAACUCCCUUUGGCCAAAAAGAUUCACACAAAAACUAUCUGUAAGGUGUUUGUCUAUCAAUCAAAUGUGUAACAGCACCUAAAAAGCAUAAACCUGGUGAAAUGUCAUAGCUGCUUUGUCAUCUCUCUUUUUCCAAAGUGUUGAACAAAAAUGUCCCUAAUGGACCCACCCUUAGAAAAAACCUGUUCCGAACACUCCUAUUUUGUUACAGUCUAAUUAGAAGUGGGCCCAGAUUGGCUUACUGUAGGUGUGUGGAUUAUCAAUAAUCAGUAUCAAUGGAAGACUAAGAGAGCCCCAAAUCCUAAAGUAGCUCUGGGUCCAUCUGGACUGGUCCCAAUGUGUCUUUUCCC